GGUGUUCAUAUAAAAUUUAGUUACCUACGAAUCUGGUACUUGGGCGUAACCUUCCCAAAAGCGGGUUGAAGGCUGUGCAAAAAUGAUAUUUUUUACCUUUUUCUGAGACGUAGUGACCAGUGUUAUUGUGAAAAAUGGCUGAGGACGAUGUACUUUUCGACGAUGUCUACGAACUUUGUGAAAUUAUUGGCAAGGGACCAUUCAGCCUUGUCCGACGCUGUGUGCACCGUCAAACUGGUCAACAGUUUGCAGUCAAAAUUGUUGAUGUUGCCCGUUUUACUGCCAGCCCUGGACUUAGUACUGCAGAUUUGAAGCGGGAGGCAACAAUAUGUCAUAUGCUGAAACAUCCUCACAUUGUGGAGCUUUUAGAGACCUACAGCUCUGAGGGAAUGCUCUACAUGGUAUUUGAAUACAUGGACGGAUCCGAUCUCUGCUUCGAAGUUGUGCGCAGAGCGAGUGCCGGGUUUGUCUACAGUGAGGCUGUUGCGUGUCAUUACAUGCGUCAAAUCUUGGAAGCCCUCCGCUACUGCCACGAGAACGACAUAGUUCACCGAGACGUGCGCCCGCACUGCGUGUUACUAGCCGGGCGUGACAACUGCGCGCCUGUCAAACUCGGCGGGUUUGGCGUCGCCGCGCAACUGCCCACGCCGACUGCGCAUCGCGCGCCGCCUGAACUGGUGAUGGACAAUCGGCCACUAGUGGGCCCUAUGGGUCAAGCGUAUCUCAAAUCUGACGAGUAUGGUCGCAUAGGGACGCCGCACUACAUGGCACCAGAAGUAGUAUCUAGUCAGCUUUAUGGGAAACCUGUCGACGUAUGGGCAGCAGGGAUACUGCUACACGUACUGCUCGUGGGAUAUCUGCCGUUCACAGGCACUAGAGAGAGGCUUUUCGAAGCUAUUUGCCGUGGACGACUUAGGUUCGAUGCUCCUCAUUGGGACGACAUAAGCGACUCCGCCAAAGACUUGGUCCAACGAAUGCUCACUGUGGACCAUACGCAACGGAUCACUAUCCAAGAGGUGCUCAACCACCGCUGGAUAAGGGACCGUGACAAGCAAAACCGCAUCCACCUAGCAGGUACAGUUGAAGAACUGAAGAAAUUCAACAGUCGACGCCGUCUCCGUGCCGCGACUCUAGGCGCAGCAGCCGCUGAUGAUGAAGAAGAGGAAGAACAACCUGCUAGGCGCCAAGCUAUGUUAGAAGAGGCCAAUGCCGCUGCGGUGAAUCUAAUAGUGGAGUCUCUGGACGACGUUUCCGUGCUCCAAGACGGGCCUUUGUUCAUGGACCCCGACUUGUUCCAUAGCGUGCUCGAUGAUCUGCAGCUUAGAGCCCUUUUAGAGGUGUACGACCGCAUCGCGUGCACGGUGGUGGUGACGAGCGGGCGCGCGCCCGCGGCCGAGGGGCGCUCGCGCUGCCGGCAGGCGCUGGACGCCGUGACGCGCCUGCGCCACGCGGGCCCCGGCCCCGCCGCCGCCACGCCCGCCACGGCCUCGGCCAUCCACGAGCUGCGCAGGGUGCUGGCGCUGCCGCACAUUAAGGCCCUACUACAGGCUCACGAUGUGGUCGCCCGCGAAGUAUACGGCGAGGAGUCCCUUCGAGCUUCGCCGCCGCCGGUCAAUGGGCGCACACCGGCCCCGCCCGAAGACGAGGAGGACACCGAGCCCGAAUUCGAGAACGUGACCAGGGUUCGCCUCGUGCAGUUCCAGAAGAACACCGACGAACCUAUGGGCAUAACCCUUAAGAUAGCGGACGACGGGCGAUGCAUCGUGGCCCGCAUCAUGCACGGCGGAAUGAUCCAUCGGCAGGCCACGCUGCACGUGGGCGACGAGAUUCGCGAAAUCAACGGCACGCCCGUUGCCAACCAAUCUGUCGCGCAACUGCAAAGGAUGCUGCGCGAGGCCCGCGGCUCUGUGACUUUUAAAAUAGUUCCUUCGUACCGGUCAGCGCCGCCGCCCUGCGAGCUUUUCCGGAUAAAGCCUUCGCCCGUUCUAAUCUUCGUGAGGGCACAAUUUGACUAUGACCCUCUGGAAGACGAGCUGAUACCGUGUGCUCAAGCUGGUAUCGCUUUCAAUACUGGAGAUAUUCUACAGAUCAUUAGCAAAGAUGACUCUCACUGGUGGCAAGCUCGUAAAGACGCCGCCGGCGGCUCGGCCGGACUGAUUCCAAGUCCUGAACUACAAGAGUGGAGAGCCGCAUGCGCAGCGGCAGAACGCUCUAAUACGGAUCAAGUUGGAGCAGAGGGCUGCGUCUCACAUACCGACGGCUGCGAGAACACAGUUAAUUGUUCGAUAUUCGGUCGCAAGAAGAAACAGUCGAAGGACAAAUACUUGGCGAAACACAAUGCGGUGUUUGAUCAACUCGAUGUCGUCACUUACGAAGAAGUAGUCAAACUACCUUCGUUUCAGAGGAAAACAAUAGUGCUGCUCGGCGCUCACGGCGUGGGUCGACGACACAUCAAGAACUCGCUGAUCGCACGACAUCCUGAUUUAUAUGCCUAUCCUAUUCCACAUACGACGCGGCAACCGCGAGCAGACGAGGAGAACGGCAGGAACUACUACUUCGUAACCCAUGAGGAAAUGAUGGCCGACAUUGGUGCCAACGAGUAUUUGGAAUAUGGCACUCAUGAAGAUGCAAUGUAUGGUACAAAACUCGAAACCAUCCGUCGUAUCCACGCCGAACGACGCAUUGCCAUAUUGGACGUAGAGCCUCAAGCUCUGAAGAUAUUACGCACGGCAGAGUUCGCGCCCUAUGUCGUUUUCAUUGCUGCUCCGUCUCUGAAUAGUGUUGCUGAUUACGACGGUUCCCUAGAAGUACUAAUUCGCGAGUCUGAUCAACUUCGGCGCACAUACGGACAUUAUUUCGACUUAACUAUAGUGAACAACGACAUUGACGACACGCUGGCCCAACUGGAGUCGGCCUUGGCAAGAUUGCGCUCUACUCCUCAAUGGGUCCCUGUGUCUUGGGUCUACUGACAAUCUGACUAUUACUUGUAAACACAUAAACAUCUAAUUUAGCUUGACCGUCAAUAAGUCGGGACUCCCAUGUUUGCGGGACGCAGAAAAGAAAUCAUGUAAAACGCUCGUGGUUGAGUAAAUGCAUUUCGCUCAAGCUACAUAAAAUUAGCUAAAAUUUGGCUAAAAACGUCAUAUCCCUCAAGUCCCGCAAAACCUGAGAGAUCGAAGCUUCUAGCGUGCUCAAUGCUAUAAAAUGAGGUCCAAAAUGGUUUCAAGUUACGUAAAUACCUCACUUUGACAUGAACGAAUUUUCUGAUGAAUUGUCGAGUGCCAUUUAUGAAAAUGAGUAUCAGCUCCAUUUCUUUAUUGUAUUUAUUGUCUGUGGAAAUGUUAAAGAAAGAAAAUUUGUUUAUAUAUUUAUUACUUAGGAAUUCAGUAUAACAUAUGGACAUAGUCUUUUUUUUAUUCAAUAGUAGACGGUAGAACUUGGUACUUGGUGCAACGGGUUGAUAUCCGCAACUCGACGACAAAGCGCCCAUUUUGCGUGAAUAACAUACGGUAGAAUUAACAUAAUCGCCAUAUUUAACCAGAGGAGAUGGUUGGCUAUAUAAACUUGAUAUCUUUAGCUACCUAGAAUUAUAAGAACAGGUUAUUGGCCUUAUUGACACCUAUUUUAUAUGUAAUUUUCUCACGAGAUGGCGCAUCAACGCCCCCUCUUAAUCAUAUUUACUGUAACCUACAUUUCGAUAAUGUAUCCUCAUUAUUGGCGUUCGACAAUUCGUAAUAUACAAUUGAAAUUAUUACGACUUAACAUUGAGGCGUGAAUAAAUAAACGAUUCAAAUAGCCGGUUCAUAUCACUUUGGCAUUGCAUUCAAGAAAUGUAUUGAACAUUGCCAAUUUUUGAGAAAUUUGAACUAUUAUAUGAAUUGGUGUUUGUUUUAAAAAAUAUUUCGAAUUAAUGAUGAAUAAUUGUAAUCGGGCAAAGCUAAACAAAGUACCGAAUUCGACUAAAGAUAAGCUCCAGCGAGACCAAGGCCACUUACGACUGUCUAUAAAAUAGCACCGGCAACGACACGGGCCUUAGACAGGUCCAAGUACUUAAAAGGACCCUAUGUGCUUCAUUAGAAACUAAUUGGAGUAAAUAUAAUAAUGACAUUGCUUAAACGAACUUCCAACGUUGUUUUUAUUUCUCUAUUGAAUUUUUCAAUUUCGAUGUUAUAUUUUGUUAUAUUCAUUGCAAAAUUGUUCUUGUAAAUGUUAAAACAUUUUGUUACAUUGUUUGCGUUACAUAGCCAUCUAAUUAAGAUUGCUAAAGAGAAAUCGCUAAAUACCUAAUUGGAACUGGCUUACACAUCAUUAAUAUUGACUUUAUUUGUUUUAUUUGAAUUAUAUUUUCCUCGUUAUUUUUUAUUGCCACUGUUUUGGUAAUGCUGGUACAAAAACAAAACUAAAAGUUAAGAAUAGCUUGCAAAAUUAUUUGGUGCAAAAGCUCAAUUUACACUAUGUGCCAAAAAUAUAACUAAAUUUAAAAAAUCGACUUAGUCAUUUGCGCACGACUCUCACACAUGAUUUUUGGAACAAUGUACAUAAUUGUAUUAGCGAUUAAACUACGAAACAACUAAUUCUUUAGAGAUGUACCGUAGCUCAAAAUGUUUACUUCAAAAUUUAAUUCUAAGAUAUCUACUACUAGGUUACUACAUUGUAUUAAUUAUAUCUUAUCGAUUUCCAACUACAUAAACGUAACGCACUUUUAUUACUAUGUACAUGUAUAUGUACUUCAUUUUGGCGCUAUUUAACGUGCUUUGUUUUUUUUUAUUUUCAUUUACUGUUAUGGAUUUUUAAAUUGAUUGAAGAAAAUUUAAUAACAAGUUACUUGUCUGCUUUGUUUAUUUAUUUUUUAAUUCACGCUUGUUUUGAACAAGUGCCUUCAAUAUUUUGUGGUUGGAAAGCGGUCUGUUUAUUAUAUCACAGGGUUGCAUGGAUCAGAUAGUGGUUUUGUUUGUAAUAAGUUAUAUCUUGUAUUAUGUUUGUUUUACACUUUCAUUUCUUAUAUCUUCGACUUAAGAUUUUUAUUUAGUGCCACGGAAGACUGGCGCCUAAAAACUAGAGCUCAAGAUAAUCUAAUUUCAAUUAAAUUUUAUUAAAGGUAUGUUGAAUUACGAAAAAAUGACCGGAUGUGACAGGAUAUAACUAUUAUGUACAUAAGUUGGAUCGUAAAACAUAAUACAACUUGUUCACUUUUUCGUGGUACUGAGCGUACUAAAAAUUCAUUAAAUGCGAUAUAGUUUACUGUUCUUUCGAUAUUCUUUGAAUUCUACACAAUAAUAUUAAAUUUUGCACUUGUGUGAGGCGUAAAGUAACUCAAACGUUGAUUAAAGUUAUAAGUGAAUGAUUGGUCAGUUAAGAUAUGCCUUACAUUAGUGCUUCUUUGAAUUGUUCAUUCACGCCUGCACUAAAGCAUUCCUGUAUAUAAAAGUAAUAAAAAAACGAGUAGUGAAAUUUUACUAUACUCUCACUGUUUCACUAUGGUUAAUUUCAAUUAUAAUAAUUAGGCUAAGUAGGUAUGAAAUAAGUAUUAAAACAUCUUUUUUUCUGUAAACAAUACUUGAAGUCUUAAGUUGUAAUUUUGAUAUUAUUAAAGACAUUGUUGUUUUUAAAUUGUUGAUGACUGGAUUUCUAUAUUUGACUAUAAUUUUAUUUUUGACUAUGUAAUCCAAUACUAUUUGAAGUCUUUGUGUUUGUUAAGAAAUAUUUUUUAAACUUUUCUUCAGUUUGCUAGGAUAUGACGAUUGGUCGAUAGUGAAUGAACUUAGAUAAAUUAAUCUUAAAAAUAUUGAAUUUAAUAAUAGUCAAAGAGUGUAAUGGUGUGGGUAGCACUAAGUUAUCUCAGAAAUGGCCAUUUUAAUUUUUUAUUAUAGAUGCAAUAUUAGUGUUGUUGUUUUAAAAACGUUAAAGCGUAGCUCUAUUAAAAUUGGUAUAAGCAAAAUUUUGUUGCUGUUGAAUCUUAGAUGUUUAUUUGACAUACAUUCCAAAAAUAUUAUAAUUAAUUAAUGAAUUUCAGUUAAUAAUGUUACUUAAAUGUUAUAUUUAUACGUACUUAUAUCUUAUUUAAAUACAAACUGCCGUUUGUGGCACAUAGCUUGUAUAUGAUGUAAGUAGGUAUACACCUUUAGUAUGGUGAAAUUAAUGUAUGUUAAUCGUUAGUAUGAAUCGGUUUACCAAAUUUAUUGAGUAGAUUAAGUAUGUGCCAUAAUAUGGCACGCACUUAUUUAUUACGGUGUUGCCAGAUGUGUUGCUUAAUUGUUAAAGAUAUUUAAUUUAUUAGCACAAUCUAAAUGUCUCCGAUGUAUAAGUUAAUUUUAAAAUUUAUGAAUUGUUGAUUUUGCUAAAGAAUUUUUAAUGCACUAAUCCUUUGCCAACCGCGAAAUUUUAUGCCUGAGAUGUGGCAACAGACUACGAAAAAGUGUUUAAAAUAGGUCGAAUUUAAGUCUAAACCAACCGAUGCACUUGUCGAACCUAUGGGAUUCAAAGGGUUAUUGCAAUAAAGUGCUAAAAUUCAAUUCUUCAUUUCACGUUAGUGCUGCUCCUAAACGAUGACUUUGGAGAGAGUCUAUGGUAAAGAAUAUGUAAUUAUUAAAACAUUCUGAGACUAUUUUUUACAUUGUAAGGGCAUCACAAAAUAAUAAAGUACUCUUGACCCAAACAUUCCAUUACUGUUUUUUAUUAAUAGUAAUUAAUACAUUUAUUUACAUAAAUUAGUCACUACAUAUGUACAUUAUUUUUUGUGAUUUUAGAUAAUUAAGUGACAUUUAAUUUGUGAUGUUAUAAUUAAGUUCUACUUAUAACUUUGUAUCCAAAGACCUUAAUUAUUCAUGAUUCCAUAUUUAAUACUACCAUAUUCUGCGAUAGAGACCCAGAUACCACGUCAUAGACAUCUAAAUGAAAUAAUGGAAAAUCAUGUAGAAAAAAUUUACCCUAUUUAAUGUAUCGAAAUUUUAAUGUAAAAUCACUUGAAAUUGUACGAAUAUUAAUCUAUAGUGGAGCAUUAAAUCUAUCAAUUAAUUUAAAUGUGAACAAUCUGUACUAAUUUGGUUGAAAAUAUUCUUUUCUUUGAUUGGGGCAAAGGGGCUAAUGAAUAUGUGUAAAAUAUAUUUAACAUCACACUUAAGAUUGGAGUAGUAUGGACGCUCAGAGGUGAACGUUACUUACCCCUUUGUCAUUGAAAAUCAUGCAGGGAAGCUUAUUCUUCAAAAUAUUUAAAUACGACAGUUUAAUAUUUAUUGGUAUCGAGGUGUAACGUAACAACUACCAGCGUGCUUAACGUAGGUAAUGUAAGCCCUUUAUUGUUUUAAGUUAAAGAAUAUUUUCAAUCAAAUAAAUUUUCUAGUAAAAGAGAAGCUGUACCGAUAAGGAAAUUUUCAAAUGAUAUAAAGUUUAUGGGCUAUGGUUUUACGAAGAACAACUUAAGAUGACUGACAUAAAAUCUUAUUAUAACUGUUAAAAUUGAAUAAACCGCA